CCUGUUAAUCUGUUGAUGUAUGCUUAUAACAUAGAAACAUGGCGUUGUAAUGACACCAUUUUCUCUACAACGCUUUUAUUUGUGUCUCAGAGAGCGAGCGCUGCUCUAAAGGCAAGGUCCUGGUUCACUGCAGGGGCGGGGUGAGUCGCUCUGCCACGGUGUGCCUGGCAUACCUCAUGUACUUCCGCCGCAUCACGCUAGACGAGGCCUUCGACUACAUCCGGUCUAGACGUCAUGUGAUCUGGCCCAACACUAGUUUCAUGAUGCAGCUGAACCAGUUUGAGACAGAACUCAGCAGCUUUGCUCCUCGCUCUACCACCGGCAUAUCGCUGUGCCCGGCCGAGCUUGGAACUCCAACGAUCUAUUCCGACCAUUUUUCACAAACGUCGUUUGACAUAACCCAGGCUGUGUCUACGACGACUAACGGACAAAACGGAGCUCAGGGGAUAAUGGACACUGCAGAUUUGGACCUUGUUGUUGUCACUGAUGAGGAAGAUAUGGAAGAGGAGGAGGAAUCCGACAGUCUCUCUGUGUCCAGUGACUCGGGGUCAGUUCUGAGAGCUACUGCCCCUUUGGCAAUGUUCGUCAGCGCACUGAGUACCCCAUCGUAAGCCCGAGCAUGUAGACGAAGGGCAGAGGAGAGCUUCUUCAACGGAAGGUUAUUAAAUGCUAACAUUGACAUUCUAUAGAGACUACUAUGGACAGCUUCCAGGAGAAAUGUUUUGUUGAAUUUGUUGAAAUUGCUGAGCAAUGAUAUCCAACAAACUAAUGAUUGGGCAUGAAUACAGUACCAUUUUUCAGAAUUUGUAGUACCACAUUGUUUAUGGUGCAACCAUGUGUUAUUGCAAUUUUGUUGAGCACAUUUUAAAAAUGGUUAGGACGUUGGUUAACAUUUGUGGCUUUUGGACUCAUUCAGUUAUGUCAUGCGUAGUGUUUGUAAUCUGCUCAUUGUUCCUUAAACCAAUCUCUCUUCAAAGAUCUAGUUGAAAAAAA